AUGGCGAAAAACAUAUGGCGAAACCCCGUCCCGUUCCACAAUCAUCAAAAAUCAUCAAAAUCUGUCUACCGAAUCCUGAAUUCUGCCUGGCUGGCCGCGGUGGGCUACUUCGAUGUGGAGUUUCACGUCACCCCAAACCGUUCGGAGAUCAUCAUAACCACCCGCACCCAGAACAUGCUCGGCGAGAAGGGCCACAGCAUCCGGGAGCUGACCGCCGUCGUCCAGAAGCUGAUCGGAGGUCUGUCCGUGUGUGGUGCCUGCUACGGUGUUGUUGCGGUGGAUUCCGGCGUCAAGGGUUAUGAGGCGGUCUUGUUUGGUAAGCUGCGCGGUUAGCGUAGCAAGUCGAUGAAGUUCGUUGACGGACUGAUGAUCCAUUCCGGAGAUCCGUGCAACGAGUGCUCCGACACGAUCACCCGCCACGUCCUGCUGCGCCUGGAAGUGCUCGAAAUACAGGUCAAGAUUAUACUGCAGUGGGAAUCGAACGGCAAGAUCGGCCCGAAGGAGCCGCUGCCGCAGAACGUGUUGGUGGUGGAGCAGAGGGAUGAGAUCAUGUACAACACGCCCCGCAGCAAGCCGUCGGCGCUGGAGCUGAGAGCCGGUGGAACCGUCGAGGUGGUUGAGUUAAACUGGGCGUAGGAUUCAAGCCGUUCAAUGUCCAAAAUAAUGUGAAUGUGAUAAGUUGAGACCAGUCUAAGAUCCGCAAUCAGU